AAAUAGAUUAGCUCAAUUCCCUCCUAUUUUAUGUGGCUCCGACGCGAGAUCCGUACAAUGUGAGGCUCCAACUUUUUAGGUGGCAAACAUAUCUUUUUAUCCUGAAAACCAAGCCAAUCAUAUCAUAGAAUAACCACAAGCCUCUAAAUUCAAACCUGAAUAUGGUAUUUUUCAUGCAAGGAUUGAAACAAUAUGUCUAGCCGCGUCGGGUGACAGAUAAUGGCCAUCUUCCAAUUUCGUAUAAAUAGAUAAGGACCAGCCUGCCAAAGUACUUGCCAAUAAAUACUUCUGUAAUUAAUUUUGCAAUCCAAGCAAACGGUCUUUUUCUGGCCGUGGGAUAUUUUUCUUAUCAGUUCUUUUACUCGGAAAAAGACGAAAAAAUAAAAAAAAAAGAAUUCAAGACUUAUUUUUUUUUUUUUUUAUUUUAAACUUUUCGCUAUCUUGAGAGGGAACCUCAAUAGUUAAUUGUGAAAUUUAAUCAUCCUAUCCCCUAGAGUUUCUUUCUGAAGUCAAGAUACGACCCCAGAUGGAUAUUAUGUUCAACAAGGACUCCUGGGAGUUACCGCCAGUCUUGUACAAGCCCCACGGUAAUGCCAUUGAUCCUGACUUUUAUGCCCUUGUAGUGGCUGCAUUUUUCGUCCUUAUUGGUCCUUUUGCUCUCUACCAAUUACUCGAGAUUAUAUAUGCUCGUGAAUACGGUGUCUUCAACAUCAAGUACUCUUUUGGAAAUGCUUUCACCAGCUCGAAUACUGGUUCCGCUCACCAAGUGAGAUUGGCUGCCGUUCUUGUUCAAUCCAUUUCCUUUGCUGUUUUGGCUUUCCUUAACUUUGGUUGGAAUUAUCAAUAUUACAUUCUUGCUAUAGCUACUGUCUUGACAGCUUUGGUCAUCUUACCCCUUCAUGCACGGGAAACAACAAGGUCUUCUUCUCAACUUGCUUCAAUUCUUAUUUAUUGGACUGGGACCUUUGUUUGGAUUUCGGUCGCGGCAGUGCAAGAUUUGUCCCUGAAACAUCACUUGUUAUCCACUGGUUCUCCUCUUGGUCUUACUCUUGAUAUUAUCCUUGUGUUGAAUUCCUUGUUCAUUUUCGUUUCAGAAUUGGCAUUUUGGAGCCCUUCUGUUGAACUUGUCGAUUAUUAUAACCUCAAUGAAUGGAGACUCGACCAAUCUCGUAAUAUCUAUUCAACCUUGACUUUUAUAUGGGCUCAGAAACUUAUUUCCAAGGUGUACAACACUGACACUGUAGGAAUGGAAGAUCUUUCUCCAGUUCCCUUGUAUAUCACUUCCGAAUAUACUCUGUCUAAACUUCAACAAGUAUGGGAUUCUGCCUUGUUCAAGGCUAAACAACAACAAGAGCUUGCGAAGAAAUCCAAGAAAAACCCAAGAUCAGGCUUAUGGGCUAAGAUCUUUGGUAAAAAGGAAGUCGAUGAUUCGAAACUAAAUGUUUCUCUUUUCCUUUCUAUAGCAGUGGCAUUUUCUGGUUUAAUUAUUUAUACUUUAACAUUGAAUCUUAUUGAAGUCACUACUUCAUUUAUUCAACCAUUCCUUUUACAAUGGUUUAUUAGAUACUUCACAGCAACCACCGGCUUAUCCGUGGAAGAUGGUACAUCUCCAUUAGACCCACCACCUCCAAAGAUUCUUGGGUUUUUCAUUGCUGUACUUAUUUUCAUUAUGUCUGCAUUGAGAUUCUGCCUUUUCAAUCAAUAUUUUACUCAAAUCUUUAAUAUUGUUUACAGUUGUCAAUCAUCUCUUACAGUGAUGAUCUACAAUAAGGCUCUUAAACUCACACCUCAAGCUCGUAAAAACAAAUCUACUGGUGAUAUCGUUAAUAAUGUUACUAUGGAUAUCAGUACUAUUCAAUGGUUUUGUCUGUCAUUACAAGAUUUUGUUUCUACUCCUAUCAAAUUCUUCUUGUGUCUUGCUUCAUUGUACAAGAUUAUUGGUCAGGCUACUUGGGGAGGUGUCGCAGCAGCAGCUAUCCUUAUUCCAAUCAGUUCUAUUUUAAGUACUUCCUUUAUGAGUCUUUACCCUAUUCUUAUGAAGCAUACCGAUUCUCGUACUAGUUUAACUACUGAAAUUUUAAACUCCAUGAAGAGUAUUAAGCUUUAUUCCUGGGAAAAGCCAAUGUUGGCAAGAUUAAGUGCUAUUAGAAAUGAUAAGGAAUUGAAGACAUUGAAGAAGAUUGGUAUUUAUUCAGCAGGAUCUCAAUUCUUAUGGAAUUGUAUCCCAUUUUUCGUCUCAUGUGCUAGUUAUGCUACUUUCACUUAUUUAUAUGACAUUCCAUUGACUCCAGAUAUAGUUUUCCCUUCAUUAUCUUUGUUUGAUAUGCUUACCGAGCCUGUUUUCAUGCUUCCAAACUUGAUCACUAACCUUAUCGAAGCUAGAACUUCGUUGAAGAGAUUGAGCGAUUUACUCUUGAUGGAUGAGUUAGAUACUGACUUUAUCACCAAGACUAACACCCCAUUAAAGUCCGGUGAAGUUUCGAUCAGUGUUUCAGAUGCAACAUUCGUCUGGACCAACAAGAAGAAGCUGACUGACUCCGACAGUAAUUCAGAUGAAGAACAAGCUAUUGAAUCUAGUGACAAGCCCGAGAUUGCCUUAAAUAAUAUCGAUUUUACCGCCAAAAAGGGUCAAUUGACUUGUGUUGUUGGUAAGGUCGGAAGUGGUAAAACUACUCUUUUCAAGGCUUUAUUGGGAGAAGUUCCAUUGUUAACUGAACAAGAGUCCAAACCAGAGAUUGAAAUUAAUGGUACGAUUGCUUAUUGUUCCCAAUCUCCUUGGAUCUUGAAUGGUACUGUUAAGGAAAACAUUUUGUUUGGAUGUAAGUACGAUAGAGCCUUUUAUCAAAAGACCAUCGAUGCUUGUGAAUUAUCAACUGACUUCAAGGUUUUACCAGAUGGUGAUGCCACUGUUGUCGGUGAAAAGGGUAUUUCGCUCUCUGGUGGUCAAAAGGCUAGAAUUUCUCUUGCUAGAGCUGUUUAUUCCAAGUCUGAUAUUUAUUUCUUUGAUGAUGUUCUUUCCGCUGUCGAUGCUCAUGUUGGUAAAAACAUUAUUGAAAAGGUCUUGGGACCAAAUGGGAUUAUUUCUACAAAGACCAAGGUUUUAGCUACCAACUCGGUAACCGUUCUUCAUGAAGCUGAUGAAAUCUUUUUGUUAAAGUCUGGUCUGAUUGUUGAAAAGGGUAACUUCUCAGAUGUUAUGGCUCGUGGCUCUGACUUGGCUACCUUGAUUAAGGAUUUUGGUCGUAAAGAUGACAAGGAACAAGAGGACGAAGUCUCCGAGGAGACAAAGUCUGCAUCUACCACGCCUCCGGUUUCAGCUACUUCAUCAAACAAACCAAUUACCAACAUAAUUGCCGAUGAAACGAUUGUUGAAUUCACUGGUGAUGAAGUUGCCUUACAACGGGUAAUUUCCAAUGAAACCAUCGGUAAGGCUAGUUUGACUUCGUACUCACACGUAUACGUUGACGAGGAUGAUGACGGAUCGAAAAAGAAGACCGGGAAUACAACUGAAGAUAGUGAGAAGGGUAAAGUCAAACUUGCUGUUUUCAUUGAAUAUUUUAGAGCUUGUAACUAUGCUUGGGUCACUAUCUUUGUACUUUUCACCUUGUGUAUUUACGUUGCUGGUGUAUUGGAAAAGUCCUUAUUAACUGCUUGGUCGCAAAUAAAUGCCGAUGCUGGAGAAACUGUCGAUGCCAAAUUCUACUUAACCAUCUAUUUGAUUAUUGGAGUUAUUGGAGGUAUCUUGAACUUGGUUUCAGCCUUUAUCUUAUGGUCCUUGUGUAUCAUCCGUGGUGCUCGUUAUUUCCAUGACACUAUGGCUAAGUCUAUUUUGAGAUCUCCAAUGAGAUUUUUCGAAACUACACCUGUUGGUCGGAUUUUAAACCGUUUCACGGAUGAUAUCGGGGUCAUUGAUAUGCAAUUGCCUUGGAUUUUUAUGUCCUUCUUAUCACUUAUUGUUAACGGUAUUGUCACAUUUGCAGUCAUCGUAUUGAAUUUACCAGCUAUGGUUCUUAUCAUCGGAGUACUUUUGAUUCUCUACAAUCAAAUUAGAAAAUUUUUCAUCCCAAGUUCCAGAGAACUUAAGAGACUUUCUAGUAAGACAAAGAGUCCGCAAAUUGCACAUGUCCAAGAGUCUAUCAAUGGUAUUGAUACCGUCAAGGCUUAUGGUCAAAAUGAGCGUUUCGUCUACAAGAACAAGCAGAAUAUUGAUAAAGUUGUGGCCAUUGGAUACAACAGUCAAGCUUGUAACAGAUGGUUAUCAAUGAGAUUGCAAUGUAUUUCUAGUAUCAUUUUAUUUGCAUCAAGUAUUCUUGCAUUGCUUACUAUUGGUACUGCUGGUGAGAUUAACCCUGCAUUGCUUGGUUUCAUCAUGGUUUAUGCCUUAUCGAUCACUCUGAUUUUGAAUGCUAUUGUUAGAUUGUGGUCCGAAGUGGAAACUCAGUCUGUUGCAGUCGAAAGACUUGUUGAAUUCUGUAACCUUCCAUCUGAAGCUUCUGAGGUUGUAGAAGAUUACAGACCUCUGGCUUCAUGGCCUGAUCAAGGUGCCAUUUCAUUUAGUGAUUAUUCUACUAGAUAUGCUGAGAACUUAGAUCCGGUAUUAAAGAAUAUCACCUUGGAUAUAAAGGGAAACGAAAAAAUUGGUAUCGUUGGAAGAACUGGUGCAGGUAAAUCGUCGUUAACCUUGGCAUUGUUCCGUAUCAUCGAAGCUACUACAGGUCACAUUUCCAUUGAUGGAAUGAACACUAGUAAGCUUGGACUUUCAGAUUUAAGACAUCAAUUAAGUAUUAUUCCUCAAGAUUCACACACUGUGGAAGGAUCAGUAAGACAAAACUUAGAUCCAUUCCAAGAAUUUACAGAUGAACAAUUGUGGAAGGUUUUAGAAUUGGCCCAUUUAAAGGAACAUGUAGAAUCUAUGAAGACUGAACCAACUGAUAAGGAUAAGGAAGAUCAUGAAGGAGAUGAUGAAUUAGUGACCACAUAUGCGUUGGAUGCAAAGAUUUUUGAAGGUGGAUCUAAUUUAUCUGCUGGACAAAAGCAACUUCUUUGCUUGGCCCGUGCAUUGUUGAACCCUUCGAAGGUUCUUUUAUUAGAUGAAGCCACUGCAGCAGUUGACGUUCAAACAGACAAAAUCAUUCAAGAAACUAUUCGUUCUGCAUUUAAAGAUAAGACAAUUUUGGUUAUUGCUCAUAGAUUAGAAACUAUUAUGGACAGUGAUCGUGUUCUUGUUUUGGACCAUGGUGAAGUAAAGGAGUUCAACUCACCAGAAGAGUUACUCAAAGACAAGGAAGGUAUUUUCUACCUGCUUUGCAAGGAAGGUGGAUACCUUCCUAAGGCUUAAAAGGUUUUUACACAUUCAAUUCUUCAGUCUAAGUUUAUAUAUUUAUAAAACCAAAUUAAAAUAAAAAAAAUAUAUAUGUAUAUUACA